GUGUUACAGUCAGGCUGGAGCCGCCGGAGUGAGUGCGACUCGGACUCGGACACGGCGCAAGGAAUCCACCGGCAUGGAGGCAAGCGGCUGGGUUGUGAGUCACUGAGCGAGCUGACCUCACCUUCCACAUUUUUAUCCCGCACUCGCGUACACGAAUUUCUUUCUUUUAUUAUUGUUAUUAUUAUUUAAUUUGAACCAAGGAGCGUGUCCGAUUCGGAGCACAAAUCCGGCGGGGACGCACGCCGAGCAACCGCUGGACACCGGAGGGAUAUUUACAAUAGAAAGUCUAUUCAUUCGCUAUAAGAAUAGCCGGGAGUGAAAGAGCACCCUGGAAUGACUUGGAGCUGUCGGACCCCCAACCGGACUUGUGACUGAUGGAUGGAUGUGGAGGUAGCGACAGGUAUCAGUAGACAGAGCGAGAGGGAGAGCGCCCCCUCCCCAAAAACCUGCCUUUUAUUGUAGUUUGAUUCUUUUGAAAAGGUCGCUGGUUUUGCGUCAGCCACAGGCCAUCAGGACACUUGUCAUCCACCUAAUUCCAGGGUUCAGUCAAGGACACUGGGCCUGGACUAGAGCUCACCAAGUUGUUCACAAGGACAUGUAUGUGAUAGCCAGCUCACAUGCUCCUGACUGACCGACGCUCAUCUUGCCACAGGCCCAUAUUCUCCUAAAGACUGUCCGUUCUGGGCUUUCUGUCCCAAUCAACUCCCACUUCGCGUGUGUGUGUCUGUAUACAUUCAGCAGCAUGGCAGGACUGGUUUGUUGGAAGUACUACCUCUGGAUCUUUCUCUUGACGUGUAGAACGAUGCUUCUUUCAGCCAAAUCUCUGGAGACCAUCAUUUGGAGCUCGCAAAAUCCCAAAUUUCUUGCUGGCAAAGGCUUGGUUCUUUACCCAGACAUCGGUGACAAGCUGGAUAUCAUCUGUCCCAAAGCGGACCAAGGCCGAGAGUAUGAGUUCUACAAGCUGUACUUGGUGAAGAGGGAGCAGGCAGAGAGCUGCAGCACAGUCCUUGAUCCAAAUGUGCUGGUCAAUUGCAACAAGCCGGAGAAGGACAUCAAGUUUACCAUCAAAUUCCAGGAGUUUAGUCCCAACUACAUGGGCCUAGAAUUCAAGAGGAACGUUAACUACUACAUCACCUCAACUUCCAACGGCACAGUGGAGGGCCUGGAAAACCGUGAGGGAGGCGUGUGCAAGAGCCGAGCCAUGAAAGUCAUCAUGAAAGUCGGACAAGUCCCAAAUGCAGUCAACCCUGCAGUGCCAGAGAGGCCAGAAGAUAAUGCCAUACCAGAGUCCAGUCCAAAACCACCAGACCAGGAUCAAUUGGGAAAUGAGCUGCCUGGAAACCCUGACACAAUGAACCAGGACCAGUCUGGUUCCUCUGCAAACUCGGAUGGCAUCCUGGGUUCCAAAGUGGCUGUGUUCUCCGCCAUCGGAGCGGGCUGCAUCAUCUUCCUGUUGCUCAUCCUUCUCCUGGUCAUUCUGCUCAUCAAGAUGCGCAAACGGGCCAGGAAAAACACCCACUCGCAGCCCCGUCCCUCCGCACUGUCACUCAGCACGUUGUCCAAUCCUAAGAUGCCCGGGGGCACUGCUGGCACGGAGCCUAGUGACAUCAUCAUUCCUCUGCGGACAGAGAACAACUACUGCCCUCACUAUGAGAAGGUGAGCGGCGACUAUGGGCACCCUGUCUACAUUGUCCAGGAGAUGCCCCCUCAGAGCCCCGCCAACAUCUACUACAAAGUCUGACACUUAACAGCAGAAGCAGCCCGGAGGAGAUUCUGAUUCCCGAUUUCGGAAGAACAUUGCUUUGUGUUUCGGAGACUCCGUCGUUACUUGGAGCCUGUGUUAUUUUCACCAUCUGCUGCGCAAAUCUGGAGCGAUGCGCACGGAUCGGUAUCCGGCGAUCAGACUGAUGACAGAGGUUUAUUCUGUGGGUUGUUAUUCUUCGGCUUGUUUGGACAUCCCCACCCUUCCUUUCUUCUCCCUUCACCUCCCACUUAAUGCGUCUCCCCGCCGAGGGGUGCGAGGGUGGCUGGAGCAAAUCAAAAGAUUGAACUUCCUGGUUUGCUCUCCCCUUUAAUGGACCGGAUAUAACCCCUAACCGGCUCCCUGACGCUACAACACACAAACCUUGCACACUAGCCGGGAACAGGCAGUUUAUGUUACAUAUGUGUGCGUAUGUGUGUGUGUCUGCGCGUGCACCUGGGUGGGUGUCAGAGGGGGCUCCGUGGCGAGCCGGGAAACUCUCCAGAUAGCUCAGGUAUCAGACACAGUGUGCGACAUAUUGUGUUCCUCUCCCUUGGCACCUCGGAUAUUUGCCUUACUAUUUUUGAUGGAGGACUUCUCUGAUUCAGUUCACAAAGCAGUUGUAUUUUGUUAGACUUUUCCUACAAGUGCACAAUGUAUAGAGUUGAAUACGUUUCCAUUAGUGUUACUCAUCACACCACUCAUGUCAUCCAUUACAGUGGAAACCCAAAUUGUUGCUAUCAAGAUGUCUUUUUUCCACGUAAUAUUCCAUCUAAUACAAUCUGUGUCAUUACUUAGGUAUUUAUGGCCGAUUUUGUGUACUUUCGGGUGCGUACUGUGUGCGUGUGUGUGUGUCUGGGCAUGUCUUGGCCUUACACCUAACAGGGCUUUUUUGCCUAGGGAAUUAAGACAGCGAGUUGGAAGCUUAACAAAGACACCAAAUUCCUCAAUUUGAAGUGAGAGUUGAGGAUUUUUUUUCUUAAAAAGGCAACACAUGUUGCAGAGUGUUUGCUCUAGUUUGUGCUGCCACAGUGCAAGUGAGCGGUUUGACAUAGUUAGGUUAACCUAUAUAAGUGGAUUGACUAACCACAGAUGGAUGCUCUAUUAUCUGAUGCCAAUUGGCUGCCAUCUGUAGAUGAGUCAGUGGAGUUCACACUUAUAUGUGCCAUCUCCAUGCCCACAUUCACCAGCCGAGGAGAAGAAAAUGUCCCCGAGAGCUGCUUUUAUAGCGCGAGGAGGACGCUAAGCUUCAGGCCGUUUUCUUUUUCCGGGCUCACGGCGGUUCUGGUGUGAAUUAGGAAGGAGGAAAAGUUGCACGUAAAAUUCCAGUCGAGGUGUCGAGCCUGCAACGAUACUGCAGCUCACUUAAUCAGCAGCACCGGGAGCUUGGCUUGGCACACGUCGGGUGAGAGUUAAUUGCUUAGAUUUGCCGUUUCUGGGUGUGAGUUAGUAUGUGUGUGAAUGGUUUUGUGGUCUAGCAGACCUGUUUCGGGACAGGAAAUAGGUACUCCACACAGUGGGACUGCCAAAGUAAGGAACGGUCUCACGUAAUGAUGUGUAAGAGAGAGGACAGCCAUGCAAACUGACACUCACGUGCACACACAGACAGACACAUUAAGAGUGACGGGUCCAGGUUGAUCUCCGGGUCAGACUGCCACUUGGUGUUUACUCACCGUCAGAGUCACCUAUCAUCUCCAGCCACAUCCAUGGAUGUUUGCUGCUGAGUUAAAAGGCAGCUCUGCUGGAGGAGCUCGGGAAAAACUCUUGCGUGUCGUUAACCUCAGAGUUAACAACCUAAACAGCUGCCCGGGUUUUUGCGGCCCCGUGUUUCAAAUCGGCACGCGGCCCUCGGAGUUCCUCUGCGAAAAACAUCGACAUCAAAUAUUUUGAUUCGGGAUCAUCGUGCCCCCACCUUCACCAGCCGAGGGAGUCGUUGCCACAUCACCGCUAACCAUAUUUCAUUUUCAUCCAUUCUUGUGACCACUUAAUUCUAUUCAAACAUGGGGAGAAAAUGUAAAUAUAUGCCUAGAGCCCAAUUUAAGAUGUAAUUUCACCUGAGCACUGCUUAUAAGUAAAAGAAAAAAAAUGGAAUUAGAAUUUUGUAAUGGAGAAUAUUUGUAAAUAGCUGUCUUUUUAAAAUGUGUUUUGUAUGACUCCUCCUACUCUCUGUUUGCAAUAUGUCUAUUUUCAUUUCUUUGAAAGUCAAAUAUUUUGCAGCGUUCAUCAUUGUUUUUGUUCAAAAAGAAUUCAGAAUUUAGAGGUGGCCGUUUAACUGCCAUCUGGUUGUUUGUAACACUCCCUUUGUUGGAAACAGCAAUGAGCGCUGCAAAUAAAUACCGUAUUUUUUGGACUAUAAGCCGCACCUGAGGACAAGUCGCAGGGCCGGCUAAACUAUGACGAAAAAAAGGGCGGCGUAGUCUAAAAAAUACGCUACUUUGUUGAAAAUCCUCUGUUCACGAAUAAACCUACACUUCCGUCAAGGAUAUAGAGUAUAAGAAAACAGAAAGAUGAAACUUUAUUCAUACACACGCAGGUGCGAGGAGAGGAAAAAGAAAAGGGGCCAUGUUUGACAGUGUGACCGCUCUCCUAUAAAUCAUCCGCGUUCCAGCACUCAUUAUCUCCCAGGCUGUCCUUUGUUUUACUUUUUCUUCGCCGCCACCUCCCUCAGCCCCUGUCACCCUCCUAAUUUAGCACGUGGAUGUUGCUCGCUCUGAGCCUGGCUGUAGGCUGAUUUCUGCCAUUGUUCAAAGCCACAGUAUUAUUUUUCAGUGUGCAUGUAUAAGCAGAACCUGUUCAAAUUGUUUCCCUAUGUUCGAAUCAUUACUGUCACGUUGUAUUACCUAUUUGAUUUCAGUUUUUAUUUUGCCUCCUCUUUUCUCUCGACGUAACCUAUCGGCACCAGCUACAAUGGAAAUACAACGUUCCGCCAGUUUGGAAAAUACUGCAUAUUGAUAAAUAAAUUUUUCCCAUGGAACUUG